AUUACAUAUGGUGUUGUAUGCAAAACCCAAUAGGCUUCCAAUUCUAUAAGCUUUCCAUUCUGUGCUCACAGAUAGAAUCUUCGUAUAACUUUGCUACCCUGAUUCGCCCAAGUCUGUGGAAUUUUUUUCCUGUUGAAAGCCCCUCAGCGGAUGUGAAUACUUUCUCGCAGUAGUAAAUUACUAGUAAUACCCAUAAUACAUACACUCUGCUAAUGGCAAUCGAUUAUGAAUGCGCGCAGCGUACGACGGGCGCCUGAUGUUUUGAAACCCGAGACUAUCACGUACUUGCCCGGGUCACAGUGCAAGUGCAACCGUCCGUCUGUGACUUCUACCGGCAGGCACGAAACUGCAUCGAUGCAAUUAUAAGUGCGAUCCCGUAGAGCAACCAGAGCUGCACCUUCGAAAGAUAAUAAUUGAAACCAACCGCAUAACGCAACGGGUACAAUGUAUAAUGGAUAAAAUGUGUAAACAAUACACUUCCCGACCGACGUUGCAAUUUCGCUCCGAGGGCUCCGUUUGGUGACUGGGCUGGAUAUCUCAAUUAAAUUGAGCGUGUUCUUAUCUAAUAUAGUAAACGCUUAAUUAACAUGUCGAUGUGCGAACAGUAGCCAAGGCAAGGCAGAGUACGAUCUGAUACCAACACGGCAGACUGACAGGGUGUGAAGUGAGUGCAACCGAUCUCUACACCUCGGCAGCAUCCAUCCUAGGUACAAUACGGACGGAUGGGAUGCUGCACCGUCGAUUGACGUCAAUCCACCGGCUCGCAGUAGACCUUCAACGAUUGGUUCUGGAGCAUGUAGUCACGCCUUCCUUUCGAAUGGGAUGUUUUUUUUGUGUCCGAGUUUUGUUAUUUCGCUAUUUGGUGGCCAUCUCGAAUAGGACCCCGCUAUUUAUAGCACUUAAUCAGUAUGUUUCCACACGUCUUGAGAAAUCGAUUAUCAGUUGCAGUCCAUAGUGCUUCUGGUGUUUUUUUUUCUUUUUCCUCAUCAUAAUGCGUUCAUUUCACGACUGGCGUCAUGCACGCUACCGUGGGGGGAAUUUGCUGGCAGAAGCCUACGUACGUCAUCGGCGCCCUCGAUUGAGAAAGAUCAAUGCAACCGAUUUCGAGGGGGGAAAAAGGAAACACACUAGAAGAAACGGGUGACGAUUACUGUAUUGUGAAAAGUAAAGUCUUGGCGCUACAUUUCAUUGGGAAAUUUGACCUUCUGCUUUGAGCAGACUUUACUAAAUCUAAACUAAUUGACACCAGAGACUAUAAGAAAUGAUCAGUUUGCGCACACGAUUUUCAUUCUGUAAAUAUCCACAGUAUCUUUUUUUCUGCUCGCAAUAUGUUAACAUUCCUCAUUUUCUGAACAACCACUUUCGCCGCCUACUGUGUACUUGAGUAAUUAGAGAACUCAUAACGAGCAAAUGUCAACAAAUGCUCUUGAACUGAGUGCCCCCGCCAGUCCUGUCCUUCUGCAGCACAAUGCGCCGGCGAUUCCGUCCGGGUGGUUGCAGCUGUCCGGUCACCCGAAAAGCAUUGCACCACUGGCCAAUGGCAUCGUCCGCAAGCGCGUAACCGGUCCGGAUGACGCAGAGGUCCUCGCAUACCGACAGCUGGCGGUUGAUUCGCACGGUUGCAAGGUGGUUCCCAAGUUUCUUGGGGUGUACCAACUGCAGGGAAAACACUUCGUCGAACUGCAGGAUCUGCUGCACGGUUUCCAGGAUCCGAACGUGAUGGAUAUCAAGAUGGGUUUCCGGACGUUCUGUGAAAACGAAGUUUCCAACACCGCCCUGAGAGAGGACUUGUACAGAAAGAUGAUCGCCGUGGAUCCGAGUGCUCCUACGGUCGAAGAGCAUCAGCAAAAAGCUAUCACGAAACUGCGGUACAUGCUGUUUCGGGAAAACAUGUCAUCCUCGCAGGAGAAAGGAUUCCGGAUAGAAGCUCUUAAAAUGCGGGGUCGUUCACCGGUGACGGACAUGAAAACCAUCAAAUCAAGCGAAGACAUCCAGGAAACCAUCGCGCACUUUGCCAACGGGAGGAAAACGGUCAUCAAGGAUAUUCUGAAGAGACUGAAACAGAUGCGUACGUUGAUUCAGAAGUCGGAGUUCUUUCAACGCCACCAACUCAUCGGAAGCAGUAUUUUCAUUGUGUACGACAAUCACAAAGUAGGCGUUUGGUUGAUUGACUUUGCCAAAGCCCUACCGCUGCCCGAUGGUGUUAAAGUCGAUCAUAGGAAGCGCUGGACGCUUGGCAACUGCGAGGAAGGUCUGUUGUUUGGUUUCGACGAGUUGAUCCAUGCGUUCGAUGAUGUCUAUCGGUCCUGUCAACUCGCAGCCUCAGAGGGCAGAAGAUUAUAUUGGCGAUAAUAGUGUUUCCGUGUACUUUAAGAAUAAAUUAAAUUUGAAGAGCUAGUCAUUGCUCCCUGCGAAAUGCGGGAAAAAGCAUUGUUAAUCUAAUCGAAAUUCGAAACAAGAAUAUGAAGACUGAAGGUGUUGGUCAAAGCCAAACACCGAUAAGAUUUUGCUAGAAGCUAAAGCCAACCAAUUUCUGUAGAAUGUAAAGGCUUUAUUUUGGUUUAAGAUAAAUUACUUAAUCAAAGACUCGAAAAAAGACAUUUUCUACCCAGAAUAAUGGAUUACUAUGAUGGAAACUCCACUAAACGGACCAAUUUUCCAUAUUGGAAAAUUAUAUUGUAAAUUGCCUCAAAAAUUCUUAUCAAAGCGAAAUGCUUAUCGAGACUCCUCACAGUUAAUCCAUUUAAAAUGCAAAAAAUGUCAUCGUUGUUGCAAAAGAGAAAACAAAGGUUUCUUGUAAGUUUUUACACGUCGAAGGUUAACAAUUCGUCGUAUAUGCUUUAGAAGAAAUUGUAAUUAUAAUCAACACUGUUUAAUUAUUGUAAUUAAUAUUAUUAUUAUUCUAAUUAUUAUUAUUAUUUCUGAAUGAAUAGUAUAGCUACCAUAUUUAUAAAAUGAUCAACAACAAAAUGCUA